CGACAUCCCUAUCCCAAAUGAGGAUACUAUCGCCCCUCACAAGCAACGGAGCAAGCAGGUUACUGCGAUCAAGCUUAAAUCAAUAUACUCAUUCACAUGCAUACUUUAGCACGUCAUCAAACAGAUUCGCACAAGAUCAUGCAUCUACUUCACAAAGUAUAAAUGACAGAAUACCUUUCGUGCCAGGUGUCCGCAAUCACAAAAGACGAAAAGCUUUCGACCCAUCUACCAAAAGUUAUCAAAAUGAAAAUAGAAAUCAUGCGCGGUUCUCUUCGAGGGAAUUUCUCGAUUCGCUGAAAAAUCGUACAGGAGGAGCUUUAUUCCAUGAAUCGUCUCUUUAUCAUGCAUCGACAGGCAAACCACCUCGAACAUUGGGCGAAAUGAAACCCGGAGAUUUUGUAGAAGUGCAAGCUGGGGUAGGACUGGCUGGAGUAAUCCUACCCACAGAGGACAAUGUUUCUCUAGGGCUUAGUAAUCGUCAAUUGGCCAUCUUGUCAGUCGGUGGAGAUAUCAAAAGGCUCAGCUUGGUGGACGUUGUCAUCACGUUUCCAGCUUUUAUUGACGACAAUCUAGCACAGCGUGCCAUAAUCAAGAGAGAAGAAGGACAUGUUUUUGAGACGGGAGGUAUAACGGAAGAGGAGAAAGGUCCCAGGGAGAUCGAUAUCGUCUCGUUAAAGGCAAGGAGUGACGUUUGCAACAGAAUGAGAACGUUAUUGCAUCAGUCUGAGCUGCAAAGAUCAAGAUUUCUGCCAUUUUUCGAAAGACGCUACCUUUCCGAAAAAAUGCAGCAGAAUAUGCAAUUCACUCAAGUUACUGUAUUGGAUGUAUGCAAGCGAUUACUUCUUGAUUCAGGGCUAAAUGAAGGCGAAGCAGAUAUAGACAUCGAAUCGAAUGCACCUGAAAAGGUAUAUGCGGUUCAUCAGCUAAUGCUUUCUGCACCUGAAGUAUUUCGCUUAGAUCCUACUUCACAUCGUUUCACAAACACGUUCACCAUUGUACCACAUACUGACCGGAUUGCUCAAAAUGAAGUGCAACAUCAAAUUGAAUCGUCUUUGGUCGCAAAGGGCAAAGGCACGUUCGCAAAGGAUAAUCAAGUGGAAGACUUUAUUGCGAAAGUCAAGGAAGUUCGUCAACUUCGAAAUCAGUCACAACAAAGUCUGGAUUUAGGCGGAGAGCCUCGUGUCUUAAACGAUGAAUUGUUUAAACAAAUCGAAUGGAGCCAAGGUGACAAGGAUAUCCUGCUCUUCUUACGCUCUGCCUUGGGUAUCCGAAGAGAGUUUAUCACUGAAUCAAGCAGCGGGAUGGUGUUCCAUAUCUUGAAAAAAUGCGGAUACGAGAUGCAUAUGAAACCCGAUCAGAUAGACACUAUGGGAGGGCCUUACGUACAAACUAUUGCAAUGACAAAAAUGCAAAUCGCGAAGCUAUUACAUGAUGUCGGCCUCUUGACACCUUGGGAUAAUUUGAGUAAUUUAGAGAACGAAUUUCAACAGCUAACAUCAGCCGAACCUCCAACAGAGCAAAUUGCAACACAAGAUUGGACUGAUGCUGACGCAGGGAUCAGAAGGGACUUUCAUUCAACUGUUUAUGUUAUUGAUGAUGCAAAUGCGCAGGAAUUGGACGAUGGAAUCUCGCUUGAGAGAACGGAAGAUCCAAAUCAAUCUUGGAUUCAUGUUCAUAUCGCCGAUCCUACAUCCGUCAUUCAGCCUGAAGACGAAAUUGCAAAGUUUGCAGCAAAAAGAGGGCUCACAUACUAUAUGAACGAAACUACAUGGCCGAUGCUGCCAAAGGAGUACGUGCAAAGAUUGGGUUUAUUGGCCGACAAAGAUGAUGCGGAUACAAGUCGAAGAGCGAUGACAUUCAGUGUAAAGGUUGAUCAUUCCACUGGCGCGGCACUGGAAUGUGAUAUUGGAUUAUCUAAACUCCGUGAAGUUCGAGUAAUGUCGUAUGAUGAAGCAAAUGAUGUGCUCCAAUCUUCUUCACAUGGUGAAAACGCACAAUGGGACGAUCUACGUACCCUCUUUAAUCUCUCUCGCUCGAUGCAAAAGCGAAGAGUUGACGUCCUUGGAGCACAUUUCGUCAAAUUAGUACGGAGAGGUAUAGAUCUACGUUUAACCUCAUCGCCACUACCCGUCUCUCCGAUCAGAUCAUCUUCUUUCGAAAGCCUUUCGGGUCAGCUGUUCGCCGGUUUCCCUACUAUGACGUCGAGCGAAGUUGAUCUUGACCUUGCAAGUCAAAUCUUUAAUUCGCAAGGUAUGAUUGGUGAAUUUGCAAUUUUAGCUUGUCGAGUGGCGGGACAUUGGAUGGAGAAAUACGACGUACCGACUUUGUACCGCUGUCAAUUAUCAUUCGAUGACCCAGAAGUAACUAAGGAAUUCUUAGCACAAAAAGAUGAAAAUGGUUUCAUUUCGAUACAAGAUGCACUGCAAGAUAAAUUUCGACAAAAAUCCGUCAUGCUUUCUCCCACGCCCGCUGAACAUUUCUCCCUCGGAAUUAGGACGAAUACAGCAAAGGAAGCAGCAGAAAGGGAAGAGAACAAGAAUGACGUCUUGCUCAAUGCGGCUUACGUUAGAGUGACAUCACCUCUGAGACGAUAUGCGGAUAUGAUGAUGCAUUGGCAAAUUCGCCAUAAGAUCAAAUCACUCAAGGUGAAUGAAGCGAGCGAUCAAUCUCCAUUCUCACAUGAGGAAGUAAGGAACAGCAUACCAUCAAUUUCACGUAAAGAAGCCUGGGCAAAGAACCUACAAUUAUCGUCAAAGAUCUUUUGGACAGCUUUGAAGGUGCAUAGAGCUUACUUGGCACGUCUUACGCCCGAAAAGCGAAAGGAAAUUGAACCUUUUGAUCAAUACGCAUCUUUACCAAUUGCAAAAGAAGAUUUAGAAGAUGAAACUAUUCGUUCAAUCUUUGAUGAAGAACAAGAAGCAAUGAUUACGAUUGGUGAUAUUCGAUUUUUACCAAAUAAUGAAACUGCAGUAGUUGUUAAUUUACUCAAAUGCGGUCUUCUUGCUCAAUGUCUUUGGCCCAAAAAUCGUAUACCAGAACUUGGUCAAACGAUCAAAGUACGAAUAAUUGAUAUGCUCUUUCAAGGAUCUGCACCAACGAUCACCGUCGAACGUGUGGAUGGUUGGUGAAUUCGAUGUAUACUAUUAGCAUAUGUAUAAUACUACAGUAAAAUUAUAAAUGAUCACCAAAUUCAGC